UUACAGUUGCUUAUCUGCAUGGUACAGCGAGGAAGAUGUGCAGAAGCUGAAGUUGAAUUCGAGAAGCUGUUAGGAGAAUCACAUGUCAAAUCUGCAAUUGCUGAACUGUCAAAGUUGGACAGAAGUGAUGAUGUAGAAGAUGUAAAAUACUCGGAGUUAUUCCGUGGCCGCCAUUUUAGAGUUGUUUUUAUUGGGUCAACCCUAUUUGCUUUCCAACAGCUGUCUGGUAUUAAUGCUGUAUUCUAUUUCUCUUCUACCGUCUUUAAAAGAGCGGGAGUACCAUCAGACCUGGCAAACAUCUGUGUAGGAGUUGCGAACUUGUCUGGGUCAAUUGUUGCGAUGAUUUUGAUGGACAAAAUGGGAAGGAGGGGGCUUCUUCUGGGGAGCUUCAUGGGCAUGGUAGAAUUUCUCAUAAGAGACCGUUUUGCGAAAAAUUCUUUUGUGCACUUGCUAUUUUAGUUGGAAUUGCGUUUG